AUGGAUAAUGUAAGACUUGCAAUGAUUCUUUCUAUUUCAUUUGUGUGUUUUCACAUUCUUCUAUCUUUAUUGAACUACUCACGAAGGUCUAACAGACUUCCACCAGGGCCAAAAAGAAAGCUAAUUUUCGGAAAUAUUUUUGAUCUUGGCAAAAAGCCUCACCGAUCCUUUGCGAAUUUCAGCAAGAUAUACGGCCCUAUAAUAAGCCUUAAAUUAGGAAGUGUGACAACCAUUGUGGUAUCAUCUAUAGAAGUAGCGAAAGAAAUGUUCCUCAAAAAAGACCAAAUCCUUGCUAAUCGCACGAUUCCGGAUUCAGUUAGAGCUGGUGACCACGACAAAUUAUCCAUGUCGUGGUUACCUGUAUCGAACAAAUGGCGAAAUCUUAGAAAGAUCUCGGCGGUCCAAUUGCUCUCAACACAAAGGCUUGAUGCUAGCCAAGCCAAUAGACAUGUCAAGGUGCAACAACUUCUUACAUAUGUACAAGAUUGCUCUAAAAAAAAGCAAGGUGUAGAUAUUGGUAGGGCAGCAUUUACAACUUCUCUAAAUUUAUUAUCAAACACAUUUUUCUCAAAGGAAUUGGCAAGCCAUGAAUCUAGUGCUUCUCAAGAAUUUAAAAAACUCAUGUGGAAUAUUAUGGAAGAAAUUGGUAGGCCUAAUUAUGCUGAUUUUUUUCCCAUUCUUGGUUAUAUUGAUCCUUUUGGUAUACGGCGUCGUUUGGCUGCUUACUUUGAUAAACUUAUUGAUGUUUUUCAAGACAUUAUACGUGAAAGGCAAAAAUUAAGAUUUGCUAAUGAUUUUGAUGGAAAACAAGCAAAGGACAUCCUUGACACUCUUCUCAAUCUUCAUGAAGAAAAUGAGUUGAAUAUGAGUGAAAUUAAUCAUCUCCUUGUGGACAUCUUUGAUGCUGGAACAGACACUACGGCUAGUACAAUGGAAUGGGCAAUGGCAGAGCUGGUUAAAAACCCAAAUAUAAUGGUCAAAGCUCAAAAUGAAAUUGAACAAACCAUUGACAAAGAAUGUUCGAUGAUUCAAGAAUCAGAUAUCUCAAAACUACCUUAUUUACAAGCUAUCAUCAAAGAAACAUUGCGUUUGCACCCUCCAACGGUAUUUCUCUUACCUCGAAAAGCGGAUGCAGAUGUAGAGUUACAUGGUUAUAUUGUGCCAAAAAAUGCACAAGUUCUAGUCAAUCUUUGGGCUAUUGGUCGUGAUCCAAAGGUAUGGGAAAAUCCAGAAGCAUUUUCACCUGAGAGAUUCUUAAAUUGUGACAUUGAUUUUAAAGGACAAGAUUUCAAACUGUUAUCUUUUGGUGCUGGAAGAAGAAUAUGUCCUGGACUCACUUUAGCUUAUAGAAUGUUGAACUUAAUGUUGGCUAAUUUUCUCUACUUAUAUGAUUGGAAGCUUGAAGAUGGUAUGGAUCCAAAAGAUUUGGACAUGGAUGAGAAAUUUGGUAUUACAUUGCAAAAGAUUAAGCCUCUUAAAGUUAUUCCGGUUGCUAGGAAAAAAAUUCAUUAUUAGUCAUCAUAAAAAAUAAGAUUUUUGCAUGGUUAUUGUAUUUUAAUUAUUUUUGUUUGAGG